ACCUGCUUUUUGAUGGUAUUCGGGCAUUCACAAAGGGAUCACCAAAUAUGAACUCUCUUGUUGGCUUUGGAUCGAUUGCUGCUUUUGCAAUUAGUUCUGUCUCACUACUUAACCCUGCCCUUCAAUGGGAAGCAACAUUCUUUGAUGAGCCGUAUGCAGGUCAUGCUUCUUGGGUUUGUACUACUCGGGCGUUCUUUGGAGGAAAGGGCAAGGCUGAAAGCAUCUAGUGACAUGAAUGAGCUAUUAUCGCUUAUAUCCACUCAGUCUAGACUUGUGGUUACUUCUUCCGGCAGUGGUUCCUCAGCUGAUGUUGUCGGCUCUGAUGCAAUAUGUAUUGAAGUUCCAACUGAUGAUAUUCGAGUUGGUGAUUCUUUGCUCGUUUUGCCUGGAGAAACUAUACCUGUAGAUGGAAGAGUCGUUGCAGGUCGAAGUGUUGUGGAUGAAUCUAUGCUUACUGGAGAGUCUCUUCCAGUGUUUAAAGAGAAGGGCUUUUCUGUCUCAGCUGGUACAAUAAACUGGGACAGUCCUUUAAGGAUUGAGGCCUCUUCCACUGGUUCCAACUCAACAAUUUCCAAGAUUGUUAACAUGGUUGAGGAUGCUCAAGGCCGUGAAGCACCAAUUCAGCGACUAGCAGAUACAAUUGCUGGGCCAUUUGUUUACAGUGUGAUGACAUUAUCAGCUGCAACAUUUGGGUUCUGGUAUUAUGUUGGAUCACACAUCUUCCCAGAUGUUUUACUGAAUGAUAUUGCCGGACCAGAAGGAGAUCCUUUGCUUCUGAGCCUGAAACUUGCUGUAGAUGUAUUGGUAGUCUCCUGCCCUUGCGCUUUAGGCCUUGCAACACCAACUGCAAUUCUAGUUGGCACCUCACUAGGAGCAAGACAAGGGCUUCUUAUUAGAGGAGGAGAUGUACUGGAGCGCUUGGCAAGCGUGGAUCAUGUCAUGCUGGACAAGACAGGAACUCUGACUGAAGGAAAACCUGCUGUCUCUGCUGUAGCGUCCUUGGUUCAUGAGGAAUUAGAGAUUCUUCAAAUAGCUGCUGCAGUGGAGAAAACAGCAUCUCACCCCAUUGCUCAUGCUAUUAUAACCAAAGCAGAAUCGUUGGAUUUGAGUAUCCCUGUCACACGUGGACAAUUAGCUGAACCUGGCUCUGGAACCAUGGCAGAAGUAAAUGGGCUCUUGGUUGCAAUUGGAAAGCUGAAAUGGGUUCAAGAACGUUUCCAGCAAAAAGCAGACCUUUCUGAUUUGAGGAGUCUUGAGCAAUCUGUGAUGCAUAAAUCAUUAGAGGACAGGCAAUCAUCUAACCAUUCAACCACAGUUGUAUACGUUGGUCGGGAGGGAGAGGGUGUGAUUGGGGCUAUUGCGAUCUCUGAUAAAUUACGCGAGGAUGCUGAGUCUACCAUAAGAAGGCUUCAGGACAAGGGAAUUGAAACAGAACUGUUAUCGGGAGACAGGGAAGAGGCAGUUGCAACUGUAGCAAAGACGGUUGGCAUAAAAGACAAAUUUGUCAAUGCAUCUUUGACACCCCAGCAGAAAUCUGCUGCCAUCUCAGUUCUUCAAGCUUCAGGCCACUGUGUUGCCAUGGUUGGUGAUGGCAUUAAUGAUGCACCUUCUCUUGCUCUUGCUGAUGUGGGGAUUGCUUUGCGAGUUGAAGCACAGGAAACUGCUGCUUCAAAUGCAGCAUCUAUUAUACUCCUCGGAAAUAGACUUUCACAGGUGGCGGAAGCUCUUGAUCUUGCACGGGCAACUAUGGCAAAAGUUCAUCAAAAUUUGUCUUGGGCGGUUGCAUAUAAUGUUGUCGCAAUACCCAUUGCAGCUGGGGUGCUACUUCCAAAUUUUGAUUUUGCAAUGACACCAUCUCUUUCAGGAGGAUUAAUGGCUUUGAGCUCAAUAUUUGUCGUCUCCAACUCACUGCUUCUACAAUUCCACGGUUCUCAAAGGAAAAGAAAAGAGAACCUUACCUAUAAACGCGCUCAAACAGAGCUAUAACUCUUGCAAAUUAUAGAGCUGGCAUGUAAGAAUCUGAAUCUGUGUAAUCUUUUGUGCUACUCAUUCUUCGACUUUGCUGUUAUGUCAGCUUCAUGGGGGAGAAAUCUGGGAGGAGCUAGUGUCAUAAUAUACUAGUAUAGAGCAUUGUCAAACUAGCUUCUAUUUGAAAACCGGGACAAUAGACAAUGGUGUAUUAACACGAAAUAAACAAGUAAAUAGUUAUUAUUUGAA